AUGGAGCCAGAUUUUCGAGAAGCUCGGAAAUGGUAUACGCUGGCAGCUGAAAGUGGAAACCCUCAAGCACAAAAUGCCUUGGCUCUGAUGCUGGAGGAAGGAAAGCAGGGCGUGCCCCAAGACACCGACACUGCGCAGCGCUGGCAUCUGGCCGCGGCGGAACAGGGCAACGCCUUGUCCCAGUUCUGUAGUGCCUCUUUACUGUCAAAGAUGGGACAAGAUGAAGCUGCCAUGAUUUGGCUCCAGAAGAGCGCAGCGCAGGGGUUUGGACCGGCUGAGCGUGUGGUGGCCGACAUGAGCGAGCCAGCGCCUACGGCAGAUUCUGCGGAGGAAUUUGCUGAUGACGCGCAAAAUGACCUCGUAAGCGUCGCCACGCGGCUGGCGCGGCAACUGAAGAAUCUGGAAGACUUGGAAGCAGACCAGCUGCUGGAGGAGCUGUUGCAGUCCUGUCCUCCCGCCUCCCUGGACCCAGGAGCUAUGACAGCUAUGACUGCUGAAGGGCUUCCAUCAUCGGCUUGGUGGGGAUUUUCAUCAUGA